AUGGACCAGGCUGACUUGAGGUGUUUCGACGCCGUCUAUGUCAAUCCAGUGGUGGGCGUCCAGAGCCCGGCAAAUCGGUUCGGAUCGGGCAGCGACCAGCAUGCAUCCCAUGCCCCGCCCCCGAGCGUGACAACCACAUUAACCGAAGAGUCCUGGCAGGGCUCCGACAGCGACGAGGAGGAGUUUGAGGAUGACAUCUUUGCAGGUCAGGCUGGUUAUGGAUUUGACGCGGGAGCUGCCUCGAGCUCGACGCGCGGUUCGACUCGAUUCGCGCGCCUGCGCACCAACCUGACUGCUCUGUCUCAAGUCUACAACCUUUAUUUCGUUGCCUACCUGGGAGCUAUACAUGUCUACAGCCCAGAAAAUGCACCGCAGGUGCUACGCCGAGCUCCGCUGCUCUGCUUGAAGCCGACGCCAUGCCCGGUCGCGGCCAUUACUCGGGGACACAUAAGCGUAGCCAUGCCGCAUCAGAUCAACAACAUGAUCACUGGUAUGCUCGGGGAUUCUGAGGUCUUGCUCGCCGCCUUUGACGACGGCGAUGUUGUUGGAUACUACACGCAUCAAAUCGCAGAAUCAAUCGAGCAUGCUGCCCGACGUUCAUCAUCAGGCAAGAAUGUGACAGCGGCUCAGCCACCGAAUGAGUUCUUCCACCGUGGUGUCGGCAAGUCUGCAUGGGGCUUAGCUGUACAUGCCAAGUCUCGGCUCAUUGCUGUCAGCAGCAACACGCACGAAGUGACGGUGUUCGCGCUCUCUCUAACUAAGGGAUCAGUGACGGCGCAGCAAAUGCUCCCGGAGCAUGAGCGGUGCAAUCCACCCAAGCUUGGAGGUCUUGGCGUCGAUGCGCGCCAGCUCGAGUCCCACCUCAGACAAAGAACAAGGGACUGGAGGAUUAUAUUGCACACCCGACCCGAAAACCAGGCUAACAUCCCCAGCAUAUCAUUUUUGGACGAUGAGAAUGGGGAGGGCGACAAGAUCGUGGCAGUCGAUACUGCUGGCCACUGCUGGAUAUUUGACAUCUGGGCCUUGGGAGCGCCCAAUAUCUGUCUCUACCCCAUCGGAGCCGGCAGGCCUACAAGACACCCAAUAGGUUGGGGUGUCAUGACACUCCCAGACGAGCUCUUCCAGGAGGUGGAAACGGCUGUCCAGUUCACAGGCCUUUCUCGAGAAGACAUAGAUGGAUUCAAGGACGUUGGGGAUCGCCAUGUGCUAGAGUUAACUGCUGGUGUCACCAAAAUACCAAGAAAUGCCGGUCGUCAUCUGCCUGCCGGGCUUCAAACCUUGCGACGGACUCAGAUUAGGGAAGAUGUCCCCUUUCGAAUGCCCGAUGUGUUCCCGGACGCUUGCGAGCGAUUUUGCAGCCCGCCGGCCCGAGAAGAUAUCAAAGAGAAGAUUCGCAUGAGAGACAGUCGCUGGUACAAACUCGGGCGCGUAUUUUGUGAGGACAACCAGGAGAGGGACAAAUUAAAGCCUAUAAACAUCGAACCGGAUGCCUUUCAAGCCGCUAUGACCAUAGUCCCAAGCUCUGCCUUGGUCUAUCAGCACGAAACUUUGAGGCCUUGCCGGUUUCUCAACAGCGUCCUAUGCAGCAUAUCCAGGAAGCAGCAUGCUGAAACCGUUCAUUACGGCAGGGAUGGCCCACACUCUCAAGAGCCGCGGUGUCGAGGCAUUCUCUCAGCAAGCGUCGUCAGGCGAUUCUCGAUACUUCGUACGACGGAUACGGAUGUCGAGCUUCAUAACCUCGAUACCGAGAAGACUGACGUGCUCUGUCGCAAAUUGCUCCCAAGCAUACCAUUGAAAACGAUCCCACACUUAUCGGAUAUGCAGUAUUCGCAACGCAUUUGCAUGUUACACUGUAUACCGGAGCUGAGCCUGGUGGUGGUAGGAUCUUGCUGUGGGCGUGUUGGGUUGAUUCGUUUGACGAAGGCCCGGGGCGGCGGAGAGUUUCGGCAUGGCUUCCGCACAGAGUGGAUCCUUCCACGCGCCGAUGAAGAGACGAAUGCGGAGUCCACGGUCUGGAUGGUGGGCAUGGCCGUCUCUCGCGUACCGCAGCCAGGGGCAAGGGGGCUUGACCUUUUCCCGCCGAGUCCAUCGGCUACAGCCGUCAACAGUGCAGACGAGAACAUUUUCAGGCGGGGAUACAGCAAGAGCCAACCCUAUGAUACCAUCAACAGGUGGCGACUGCUAUUGCACUUUAUUGAUCACACUAUACUCAGUUAUACGAUUGAAGGCUCCAAGCCGGAAGAUGAGCAGAUGGAUAUUGAAGUGAAGAUUGAAGAGGAUUCGACUGCUAGCGAAUGA